AUGUCUGCUGCGGCCUCGGAGGCCGCCCCUUUGCGCUUCUCCGGAGAGAAUGAGGAUGGAAGAGAAUACAAGAGAUGGAAGACUUGGGUAAAGAACAAGCUCUUGACCCUGGACAAGUUACCUGAAACUGCUCGAGGAGCCUAUAUAUACACGUUGUUGGCUGGCAAGGCCUUGGAGGCUGUUGAACACCUGGAUCCUGGCGACUAUCAGAAGAAGGAUGGCGACCAGGUCCUGUGGUCGUUGCUGGACAAAAGGUUUCCUCAGCUGGAAGUGGUCGAUGAGCUUGGUGAAAUCCUGGGCGAGGUUUUCAAUCUUCGCUCCCAGGAGGGGGAAACGAUGAAACAAUGGGCUGCCAGAGCAUCGGAGUUGUUCGACCGAUGCCACAGGAAAACAGGAGUUCAGUUUCCUGACGAAGCCAGGGGCUGGCUUUUGUUGCGCAGGGCCAACCUCAGCGAGGAGCAGAAGGCCGUGGUCAUUUCGCGUGCCCGUGGAGAUCUCAAACGGGAAUCCAUUGCAGCAGCUCUCCGAUCAUGCUACCCGACCUUGUUGUUGGAAAACGGCGAACAGCCGUUGCAUUGGCAGAAGAGACCAUGGACGAUCCGACCGAGCCCCACGAUGCCUGGGAAGAAGAUUUUUCAGACGUGGAGCGCCUGCUGGAAGACCAUCAAUCGUGCUGCAGUUGUGGAAGAGCUGGAUUUCAUUGCAGCGAUCAUGAAUCGCCCGACCUUGUUGGAGCAAGCACGUACGCGGUUUUCCAAGGCUGCUGGUGAGUGGACCCCUGACGAGGUCAUGCUGGUUUCCUCACCAGGAUUUGGUGUGUUGGAUUCGGGCUGUGGUAGGACAGUUGUUGGAGCUUCAACUUUACAGAGCUUUGAAAAGCUGUGGUCUCAGCGUGGCUGGACAGUGCCCUCCAAGAUUUCCGAGGUGCACCAGUUCAAGUUCGGAAAUGGUGAUGUGGAGACCUCCCACUAUUCCGUUCAGAUGCCCGUCAUCCUGGCUAAUCGCCGAGGGGUGAUCAGAGCUGCAGUGAUCAUCUGGUGA